CUGCCAGUUUGACCUGCUAACUAUUAGACGAUGGGAAGAAAAAAGUGUAUUAGUUCAACGCGUGAAAUGUCUUAUACAUGACCAAUUAUAGAGAGAGAAAGAGAAGAGGCAGCAGGCAGUUAAGGAAAGAAAGGUUGUGUCUGAUUGAUCUGAAUUUAGCAAAGUUUGACCAUGUCAUAUGCCUCUCCUAAUUCUAUGGCUCUGCAAGAAGAUGUUGCAGCAAAAAAGAAAAAGAAAAAACAAACAAACAGAGUGGGAAAAUUUUCAGGUUCUAGGAAGACCAGAAACAAUCUGGUUCUUUCCAGGCAAAGGUUUUCUGAUCCUCAGACAAGUCUUAGCUCCAAUCUCGCCCCUUUCCUCUUCACUUGAAUACUUCUUUGCUAGUCCUCUAGAUACCGAAUUUCGUCGAACACCUGCGGGCGGAUAAUGGGUGUGAGGAUGUGAUGGUGGUUGAGUCUCUGUUUGUUUGGAUUGGAGCAGGAGACCGAAGAGAAGGAAGAUGGGCUGCUUCGCUUGUUGCAUGUCUGAUCCAAAUGUUGGCAAUAAGUCAUUGAAGAAGAGCAUUAAGGAGUAUGGUGACGCCAAAAGAUUAGCCUCAUUCGUUAACAUCUCCUUCAAAUCCGAUGGCAGCAAGAGAAGAUACAUAGCAGAAGAGAUAGCAAAAAUGGGCAAAGGUAGUAUUCCUGCCCAUGUCUUCACAAUAGGUGAGCUCUCAGCUGCAACCAACAACUUCAACCAUGAGGCUUUGAUCGGAGAAGGCGGCUUUGGGAGGGUGUACAAAGGCCAUGUAGAGAAGACAAAUAAUAGUGUUGCUGUUAAGAGACUAGACAGGAAUGGGUUCCAAGGCAACAGAGAGUUCCUUGUAGAGGUUUUCAUGUUGAGUCUUCUUCACCAUACUAAUCUCGUGAACAUGGUCGGAUAUUGCUGUGAUGGUGAUCAAAGGAUUUUGGUGUAUGAGUACAUGGCCAAUGGUUCCUUGGAGGAUCACCUUCUCGAUUUGGCUCCAAACAAGAAGCCUCUGGACUGGAAGACCAGGAUGAAAAUCGCUGAAGGAGCAGCGAGAGGGCUCGAAUACUUGCAUGACACAGCCAAUCCCCCGGUCAUUUACCGAGACUUUAAAGCAUCCAACAUACUAUUGGAUGAGGAUUUCAAUCCAAAGCUCUCCGAUUUUGGCCUUGCCAAGCUCGGCCCGACCGGAGACAAGACUCAUGUGUCCACAAGAGUGAUGGGGACUUACGGCUACUGCGCGCCUGAGUAUGCACUUACAGGCCAGUUGACGACAAUGUCCGAUGUAUACAGCUUCGGCGUCGUGCUCUUGGAGAUCAUCACAGGAAGAAGAGUGAUCGAUAAUUCUAGACCGACUGAGGAGCAAAAUCUUGUCACUUGGGCACAACCAUUGCUUAAAGACAGAAGGAAGUUUACUCUCAUGGCCGACCCCCUCCUAGAAGGAAACUACCCCAUAAAGGGUCUCUACCAAGCACUUGCAGUGGCAGCCAUGUGUCUGCAAGAAGAAGCCAGCAUCAGGCCCUUGAUGAGCGAUGUGGUAAUGGCCCUCGAGUACCUGUCUGACAAGAGGGCUGCAGGUGUUGAUGGAGAAGAAGAAGACGAGGAUACCAACAAGAAUGAAGAUGAGGGAGAAGAAGAAGAAGAAGAAGAAGAAGAAGAGAUUAAGGACACAACUUCAUCUGAUAGAAACAGAAGUGGAGGUAUUGAGACUGAUCAUGAUGAGGACAAUGGUGAAUCCAAUGGAAAGACAACGAAAAAGGAGGAAGAUAUUCAGUGACGAAUAUUACAGAUUUUGUUCAAGGUUUCUUGAGAAUUUUGUUGUCUAUUGGGGGUAAUGAGCUCAGAUUGUAAGAGGGUGUAUUCUUACAUGGAUGAAGAUUAUGACAGUUGGAAGUUUUCUUUAUGGUUUAGAGGGAUGUAUAGUGAAUUUUUUGUGUGAUAAUCAGUUGUGAAGAUGAGGUAUCGAAUGGUUGUCACCCAUAAUUUGAUGCUUAUAAACUCUAUGACUUGAGAAGGGUUUCUAGAUAUGAUAUCUUUAUAUUAUAUUUGGUUA